ACAUUUAUUUAUUAUUUGUUUUAAACCAUUGGCACUUUUUGAACAAUGAUAUUAUGAAAGGACUCGCACAUUGAAAGAAGUUUUAUUCUUUGUAUUAUCAUUGAUCAAUGUAAUUUUAUUAGUCGCGUAUCUCGAUUUAUUAACCUAUAUUUUUUUCCAUCAAGAAGAAAUUAUUUUAAAAAAAUAAACUGCACUUUUUCAAGAUUCGGUAGGAACAUAAGCAUCCGGAUAUACGUUAGUGGGCCGGUUCUAAGGACAGUGUUUAAAUAGUGGAUACAGGCCUAAAAAUUAUAUCUCUUAGGUUAGAUUUUUGGUUUGUUCGCGUUUGAAGUGUUUUCAAGGGAGAAAGAAAGAAGUGUUUUAUAACAACAAUAACAACAACAACAUCAUCAACAACAACAAAAUCAAUUAAUUUCGUUAGAUAGUGGUUGAGGCCGGUACAAAACUUGUACACGGCCUGGAUAGAUAUUAAAAAAGCAGGAGUCUUUCACAUAUGUGCGUCAAGCUAGGGCAAGAGUACGACAGAAGAACCGCGUGUGUCCAAACUGGAAACGACGUGUAUAAUGCGAGACGAGAUUUCUGCGGCGGUUCUCUUUUUAGCCCGGCUCAUCGGGAAAAGCGAAAACUUCGACAAUGACCAAUUAGAGAAAUUCAAAGAUCGCCUUUCUGAGUUGCUCACGGAACGAUUCGAAAACCACUGGUUCCCUGAGAGGCCGGACAAGGGACAAGGAUACCGGUGUAUCAGGGUGAAUGGGGUUAGCGGAAGAGAUCCGACCCUCGAGAAAGCCGCCCUUGCUUGUGGAAUUAAAUAUGAAGAUAUGAACCUUCCUUUUGAGCUUACCAUCUGGGUCGAUCCAAACGAAGUAUGCUGCAGGUUUGGAGAAACAAAAGGAUCAUUCUGCACUCUAGCCUCUUUUAGUGACAAGGAAAGUUGUGGAAGCACAAGCGGCAGCGAGGAGUCGUUGAGCGAAGAGUCACCAGCCAAAACAAUGUCUAUCAAUUCAACACCCAAUAAAUAUUCUUCACCUCAGAAUUCACCACCUAAUAGUUCAAAUCGAAGAAAGUCUGCUGGUGGAACAAAUGGUGUCGGAGGGCAGAGAAAUCGAGGGAACACCACAAGGCGCUCUCUCGGUUCUUCAUACCCUCAACAAAUUCAACAACAGCAACACCAACAGAAACAGUUGGCUCCCCACUCGUCCUGGUACAACCUGAUCUCGCCCCCCUGGCUACCUCCUUCACCGCCACCGUAUCAUCCUCACCAUCAGCACCCAGCAUCAACAAUGCUCCGGUCGUCCAAAUGGCCACCUCAUGCGAGGUAUCACACGCACAAGUCAACUGUCAAAGUAUAAACGGAUGAAAAAUUCAAUUGUUCCUCAUACUUCACUAUAAAAUCCUAAAUAAACGUGAGAUUCUCCUUCUUGAUCAGGAAUAUACAAUUUGUAAAUAGAGUUUUAAAGAAAUUUCAAAUUUAACAAAGGUAAACUAUUUUGUUUGUGAAAAUUUCAAAAAGAGUCAAUUUUGUAAUAUAUACAUAUACACGAGAUAUAUUAAUGAAUUAAUAUUUAAUACAAUGUAGUGGUGUAAAUAUUUUCAGAAAAUAAGCCAGGAUUCGAGGUAAUCGAAGGUGGCAAGGCAAUAUGUCACAAUUUUUUAAAUUAAAAUACCUUUUUUUUAAGUACUGAGUAUAAUAAAGAAAAACAAAUUAAGAAAAUUCCCCGCAAGUUAAUAAUAAAUGUGUAGGCUAACGAUUUUACAGGCAUUUAUACUUUUUUUUAGUUACAUGUCUGCAAAAUUGAAAUGUAGUUUUAAUGUGAUAGUACAAUAUAGUAAACAUCAGAAUGUAAUAUUAACGAUAGUGGAAAUGAUGGCCUAGAGGCAGACAACUUUUUUUUUGUGUGUUGUAAAUAUGGUUAAUAGGGUAUGUUGUUGACUACUGUUUUAAAUUUAUGAAUUAUUGAAUUAAGAAAUCAUCACUAAAUAAUGAUGCCUAAUAAUAAUUAGCAUAUCGUUAUUAUUAUAUUCGGGUGUAAUUUUUUUCUUUUCUUUUUCUUUUUUAUGAUUGUUAUUGUUAACUUCUGAUCUCUAGAGUUCCUUCCCCAAAAAUUAAAAGAGUACAGUAAAAAAUGGAAAAAAAUCAUUUAAUUAAAACAAAAGUUGUAUUUUUCAGUGUGAGUGAUUUGUAUGUUUUCAUUUUAUAUAUUUUAUAUAAAAAAUAAAUAAAUAAAAAUUGUGAGUCAAUAAAGAGAGAAAAAAAAGUUAAAAGAACUGUUAACUCUUAGAAGUGCUGUGAUUUAUCAAAUUUUCUUUUUUUCAACUCUUUUUGCCCUACAAAAAGGAAAAGUUA